UGAAAUCACUGUAUAAAAGAUUUAAUUUGUGACGUCACAUUCCCUUAUGAUAAGAUCGCCAGUUGUAAGUGAAUUGAAAUACCUUCACAUUUGUAUCCAUGAUUGACGCCAACUGGUUAAGUUUAUUAUCGAAAACUCGAGCAGUUGAUUACGGAUUGGCAGCAAUAUGAAACGACUAAACACAAACGGCAACGCAAACUCAGUUUGCCAGCAAUCGGGUUUUAAGUAUCAGUAAAUAACGAAGCGUGCACCGAGCAGCAGCAGCGGCAGCAGCAACGGCGGCAACAAAAUGACAGAAGCAACGGUUUGUCAUAUCGCGGCAUUGGACGUUGGGACUACGUAUUUGCGGUGCUUUGUGCUUGAUGAGAACUGCACGGUCAAGGGGUCGGCAGCGGAUGCUGUUGAGCUAUUAAAUCCGCAGCCCGGCUACUUUGAGAUCGAGCCCGAGAACUUGUGGCGGAAGAUAGUCAAGGUGAUAACAGAAUCGAUACGCAACGCAAAACUGACACCAGCGGAUAUUACUUGCCUUACCAUUUCGACACAACGGUGUACGUUCUUAACGUGGAACCACAGAACCAACGAAUACUAUCACAAUUUUAUCACGUGGAAGGACUUGCGAGCCGACGAACUUGUCCAGCAAUGGAAUUCCAGUUGUUCAUUGCGUUUAAUGAAUGGAUUUUCGUACUCCCUGUACCUACUGACCAGAAAUGCGCGUUUCUUGGCUGGAAGUGUGCUCAAAUUGAUGAAUAGUCAGGUGACGCCGCGUCUGCUUCACGAGAUUCGUCACAAUAAGAGACUGCAGCAGGCAUUGCGUGAGAAGACGGCGCGCCUGGAGCUACUUGAUUCAUGGAUAUUGUACAAGCUGCGGUCCGGGAACGGCAUUGAUCCAGAUGUAGAACAUAUAACCGAUAUUACCUCAAGCACUGCCACCGGUCUGUUCGAUCCUUUUACACUAAGCUGGUCACCACUUAUGCGCUGGAUGUUUGGCAUUGAUUCUAGAAUUUUGCCGCGCGUGGUUGAGAAUAGCUAUAAAAAUUUUGGACACGUGCAUCCUUCAGCAUUUGGCCUGGAAUGGAACAAUACUAAAAUCCCAAUUGCAGCCUCCCUUAGUGACCAGACAGCGGCCAUGUGGGGCUCGCAGUGUUUCGCAACAGGCAAUGUUAAGGUCACCAUGGGCACAGGAGCGUUCUUAAACCUUGUGACAGGGUCGGACUGCAAGGCAGUGAUUAGCGGCAUGUAUCCAUUGGUCGCUUGGCAGCUCAAUCAUAAAAGCAAGCAUCCUGAUACGAUCUACUGCAUCGAAGGGGCUGCCCAUGACUUUGGCACUGUGGUGACGUGGGCACAAUCUUGUGGACUGUUCGAAUCACCCGCGGAUACCGCCGAUAUAGCUGAAUCAGUACCGGACACUAACGACGUUUACUUUAUGCCCGCAUUUAGCGGAUUGGGUCCGCCUGUGAAUGACUAUCGCGCUGCCAGUGGCUUCAUUGGCAUGACACCGUCCACAACCAAAGCACAUCUGGUUCGGGCGCUUCUGGAGAGCAUAGUGUUUCGUGUGGUGCAACUUAUUGAGAGUGCUGAACAGGAAACGGGACAGAAGCUAAAAGUCAUCAAAGUGGACGGCGGUGUCUCGCGCAAUGAUUUUGUUUGCCAGUUUUUGGCAGAUGCCAGUGGUCUGUGUGUGGAGCGCGCCGAGUGCUCCGAGUCUAGCAUAAUGGGUGCUACAUUUCUAGCCGGCAUUAAUCAUGGCAUUUGGCACACGCUCGAUGAUCUCAGACGCUUUCGCAAUGUGGAACGGGUUUUCGAGCCCCAACCAAAGCAUAUCAAUUUGAUCGCCAGUCGCAUGGAAAAAUGGAGUCGAGCCAUUGAACGCUUUAGUAGCUGGUACUAGGAAACAUAACAAGACUA